AUGCACAUGACGACCAUCCUCCCUCUAUAUAGUAUUGCGCUCGUAAUCAGCAGCCUACCGCCCCGCGCUGCGGCUCUUAGUCUGCGCUACCUGGGUAUCCGCGAAACUCAUUCUCUUCCUUCUAAGGAGGCCUUCGCAUGCAGCCUCUGGAACCCUUUACGUGCGGAAUUGUCCUCGCGAAGUUCGGAGAAGACAGGGCUGGAGAAGAGGAUCACGGGAGUCAACCUGAACCCGAAUGGGUCAGAGUUUUUAUGGUUACCCCAGGACGAUUUCUCUGGGAAGACGUUCUUUGAUAAUUUCCAAUUCUUCAGUGCACCAGAUCCGACGAACGGACAUGUCAAUUUCGUGAACGCAUCGACCGCGUUUCAAAAAAGGCUGGCAUAUGUUACAGAUGACGGCCAGGUGGUGAUGAAGGCGGACAAUACCACUGAUUUGCCUCUAGGCGCCUUCCGUGAUAGUGUACGUAUUACAAGCAAUGCGGUAUAUAACACCGGGCUAUUUAUCUUGGAUUUGAAUACAGCACCUUGGGGAUGCGCGGUUUGGCCCGCAUUCUGGACUGUUGGACCCGACUGGCCAGCAGGCGGUGAAAUUGAUAUACUGGAAGGAGUCCACGACAAUGAACACAACCAAAUUGCAUGGCACACAGCAGAUGGAUGCUUGCUGGAUCCGAAUGCCAUCAUCACAGGGACAAUUUCUCAAAACAACGGAGCCAACCUUACAAACUGCUUUGCAGGGGUUAAUUCGAACAGCGGCUGCGAUGUGACUGAAUGGAGCAGGGCAUCAUAUGGGCCCUAUUUUGAGGAACAAGGAGGUGGAGUUCUUGCGAUGAAGUGGGACGAGAACGAUAUUUCUGUCUGGUCUUUCUAUCGAGCUGCUAUUCCAAAGGACAUUACAACAGGAAGCCCCGACCCUUCGCAGUGGGGUACUCCCUCAGCGACGCUCAUGAAUACCCAAUGCGACAUAACUUCCUUCUUCUCCAACCACUCCAUCAUAUUUGACAUCACGUUCUGUGGCGACUGGGCGGGCAACUCCUACGCAACUUCUGGAUGCCCAGGAACCUGUGACGGAUGGCUCAUGGAUGGAGCGCACUUUGUGAAUGCCUCGUGGAGCAUCAACUCUCUAAAAGUCUACCGGAAACAACCGAUUGCGGAUAUAACGACGAGCAGUGGCCGCUCUCCAUCGCGUGCAGCAGGUCGAUGGGCGGCUGCAAUUGCAGCAAUGCUCGGAGGGUUUGAAAUGGCACUGGGGGUUGCGUGGUGA